UUACUAUGGUUACGGCGUCACAACAAAUGUGACGCUCGAAAUACGAAUAUCUGUUUUUAACAACUACGCCUAAUUUUUUUAAUUAACUAUUUAAAACAAAAUGUUUGGUUCACGGUAUACUAUGUCACGUCAAGGUUACGAUUCGAAGCCCCGUACUGCGUUGGUGAUAGAUGACGAUGAUGAUUUAUACAGUGGAUUUAAUGAGGUGACCCCUGCUUUGGAUACUCGAACUCUUCGUGAGGACCAAGGUUUCCAGGAGGUGGUGCGGACUGCGGGCAUCGGCAGACAGAUGACCAGUCGCGUGGGGACUGGGGUAUUUGGUAUGGGCACCGGCAGGAUCCGUGGGUCGUCCCGCGCUGGCACCGCGGCGCGGCCCAUGACUGCCCUACGCGCGGCCGGGUACACGUCCGCGGCAAGAGAUACGCCUCUAAAAGAUGAUCGUCGGGAAGACAGUAUUGAAGACAAAAUUCAGCAAAUGGAGCGGCGAAUAAUGUCAUUAGUUGAGGAAUCUUGCAUGCUGAGCGCCAAGCGGGAGGAGGACGAUGAAGCGCCUACGAAAAAGGAAUACGACUUAGCUCAAGCGCUGUCGAAAGCUCAAGAGGCAUCGGCGUUGGAGCGUCAGUUGAUCCGUAUGCAGGAGCAGGCCAACAUGGGUGACACGCAUAAUUUGGACCUUACUUUUGCGGUUUUGUGCAAUCUGGCCGGACAGUACGCAGUCAAUGAAAUGUACACUGAAGCUUUAAAUACAUACCAAUUGCUGACGAGAAAUAAAUUGUUCCCUCACGCCAAUAGACUGAAGGUGAACAUGGGCAACAUUUACUUUAAAAUGGGCGAGCAUCCUAAAGCGCUAAAACUAUACAGAAUGGCUUUAGAUCAAACACCUACGGCGGAAAAAGAUCUUCGGAUGAAAGUGAUGCACAAUAUAGGUCUGCUGUUAGUUCGCAUGGGCAAGUUCCGCGAUGCCGUUACUAAUUUCCAACACAUUAUGCACGAACAAGGGGAUUUUCAAACAGGUUUGCAUCUGGUGCUAUGCUCUGUAGCGCUGAACGACGCCGAAGCUGGCAAGGCUGCCUUCCACGCCAUGCUGGAUGUCGAGCCCGCCACUUUCCACCACGAUAUCCCUAUAGAUGACGAAAACGAUGCCUAUGAAUGUGUGCUACGGGACGUGGUGCGCGGGGACCGGCUGGGGCGGUGGUCGCGGCGCGCGGCCGCGCACGCUGAGCGCUGCCUCGCGCUCGCCGCCGCCGCGCUCGCCGGCCCCGCCGCCAGGGACGACGACGUUAGUAGCGCGUCGUGGUGUGCCGAAGCACUUCGCGGGUACUCCGGCGGGGGCGCGGGCGCGCGGCUGGAGCUGGGCGGGGCGCUGGCGGCGCUGCGCGCUGCCGCGGCGCCGGCGGGCAGCGGGGGCUCCGCGUUGGCGGCGGGCGCGCGCGUUCUACAACGUCUCAAGGCCGUGGCUCGCGCUCACCACGACGACCGCGUGCUGCGCGCAGAGGCUUCUGCCGACGCCGCGUUCGUUGCUUAUGCGCUAGGCAAGUGGUCGGAGGCGAAGUCUUUAAGCGAGGCGGCGGCGCGCGACGACCCGUACUCGUGCAGCGCGCGCGUGUGCGGCGCGCUGGCGGAGCUGGCGGCGGCGGGGGGCGGGCGCGGCGCGGCGGAGGACGCGGCACGCCGCCUGCUCGCCGCCGCGCACCUCGACCCCGCAGAUCUCGUCGCCAUGCAUGACUUGGCGCUGUGUAUGGAGCAGAGCGGGGAGGGUGCGGGGGCGGAGGCGCGGUGGCAGCGGGUGCGCGCGGGCGCGGGGGCGGCGGGCGCGGGCGGUACGCUGCGCUCGCUGGCCGCCGCCGGCCUCGCAAGACUCGCGCACCGCAACGCCGCUGACCCCUCCGCCGCUGACCACUGGUACAGUAUGAUCGGUAGCUGGGACGCGGGCGUGUCGUGCGCGCUCGCCCAGCUGCACGCCGAGCUGGGCGACACGCAGACAGCCAAACAUCACUACCAAGAUGCGGAGGCGGUGUGGCCGGGCGAGGUGGGCGCGCUGCAGUGGCUGGCGGGCGAGGCGCCGCCGGACGACGCGCUGCGCUACUACCGCCGCGCCGCGCGCCUGCAGCCGCACAAUCCGCAAUGGGGUCUGCUGAUGGGCGGCUGUCUGCGGGCCAGUGGGAGAUAUCAGGAGGCUCUCGCUCUCUACAAGAAGUUAAACGCACGAUUCCCAGACAAUGUUCAAUGUUUGAAAUUAAUAGUGAAGUUGUGCGGCGACCAAGGGUUGUCGGAGACGAGCGCGUGGACUCGGGAGCUGCAGCGAGCGCAGGCGCGGCUGAAGCAGCAGGAGCGAGCCGUGGUGUCGACGUCUGCGGGCAGCGGCUCGUCCGGCGCGAGCCACUCGCCCAGCGACCUCGCCCCCGCAGCCCCCGCCCUCGCCCUCGCCCUCGCCCGCUCCAACACCGGCACGGGUGGAUCCCGCAGUGAAAAAAGAACAGUGUCCCGACAGUCCAGCGACGGGCGCGGCGACAGCGCGGCGCUGCUCACACAACAAUACGGUAACGAGAACCAGGAAAGUGUUCAGACAUUCGGCCGCUCUAUCAACCGGCCGCUGAGUAGGAGAAGAACGGAAGAGUUCGACGACGACCUGCCUCUGCCGCCAGAGUAAUGUUAUUUGUACUUUAUAAACCAUUGUUAUGAAAGAUUUAGUUUAUUUCAUCAAAUAUCUUGUUGAUCACUGGAUAGCAAUAGUUUGAGGUUAUGAUUAGAAAAUAAAGUGCAAUAAUAGUGUUGUUAA